AUGGAGAUUUUGAAAGUUGUUGUUGAUGCAAUAUUGAAGUUGUUAUUUGUUGGAGUGUUGUUUCAGGUUAUUAGAUGCCAAACACUUUAUAAAUCUGUUUUCAUCAACGACUCCUUCUUAAAUGAUGGAAAGGAGAAAGAACUUAAUAUUCUUUUAGAUGGAUGUGAAAAUAAACUACGUGAAGAAAGUAUCAAAACUAAGGAAGGGAUUCGAAGAGAGAAAGAACUCAAAAGCAAGUUGGAAGCAUCAGAAAUCGCUGUCAUGGCCUUACACGGACACUAUUUCCAAGAGCCCGAGGUUGUUAAAAUUUGCAAGAUGUAUCCAUCGUUGAUCCUCUCUCAUCCAACAUACUGUCAAUUAUAUUACAACUGUUCAAUACCAGGAGACAGUGGUUUAAAAGAUAACGAUUGCAAGCCUAGGUUGUAUUUAGCAGAGUGUCCUUACCCCAAGUUAUUAUCAAAAGAAACAUUAAAGUGUGAAAAUUACACGAAUGUGAUGUGUGGAUAUCGCAUCGAAAUAAAAUGGGCAUGUGAUUACGAGAGUGGCGGAGUUUUCUGCGAAUAUCAACUUGGUCCUCACCUAGCGCCGUAUUGUUACGGGUACUUUCCAAAUUGUGACAGUUACCCUGACGGGUUAUAUCUUAAUGAACAUAGAGGUGAUGACAGGUAUUACAAAAAAUGUUUAGAUGGCCGAACAAUUGAAUAUGGAGAGUGUCCAUAUAGCCACAUGUGGAAGACAAUAACUUUUUUGCACAAAGGGCAAUGCGUAUCACCAUUUGAGAUGCCUGACAAUGAACAAAGAUAUGGCCAAAUUCCAUCGUGUAUUGGAAAAAAUGAUGGAAGCUACCAGUAUCCUCAAGAAGGACACAAAUGUAAUGCGUAUUUCACGUGCAAGAACGGAAAGGCUAAAGGAAUAAAAUGUCCAGGUAGCCAGCUCUUUGAUGUGAACACUGGAACUUGUCAGGAAGGUGCAAGCUGCAAUGAAUAAUCAAUUUUUUAAGCCAAAAUCCAGAAUAUUGAUUGUCAUAAAUUAUAUAACUGUUUUCA